AUGGGGUCUCGUUGGACGUCACGCCAUGGACCAAUGCCCAAAUACAACUCAAAAUAUCUAAGAUAUUUGAGGGCGGAAGGGAAGAAGUCGAGGGACAUUCCUGUGUCAAGGAAUUCUGGCGCGCCUAAAGCUGCCAGGAUUCACUCGGCAAUCGCAAAAGGCAAACAAACCUUACUUCCCUGUGAGGGAGAGAAUCUGAGCAAGUUUGAACACAAUGGCCGCAAAAAAAAAAAAAAAAUCUACGCUGAAGAAGCGGUCUACAACUACAGUAAGUUUGGACGCUUUAAGGUCAUCAUGGCUCUCAAACCGGUCGAUAGUCUCCGCAAUCAAUUAUUCUUUGCAAAGGAAUCGACAAAACACAACAAAGAGGUGCUAAUAAAUAACGUAUCUUCGCACGUUCCUGCUAAACAAGCACCGAACUCUAAGGGAACAAGAACAGACGGCAGAUUUCUCGACAGAAAAGAGGAAAAAAAAAAAAAAAAACGAAGGACACAUCUAAAACCUUCUUCGCGUUCGAAUGCGGACUCAAAAAAAAAAAAAAAAGAACGCUAUAAAACUCGCAGAGCGACCUAUGAUGAUCUCAUGGGAAAAAAAAAAAAAAAAAUCUUGGACAAACUCGACAACUUGUACAGGCAAAGAAAGGAAGAGAAAAAAAAAAAAAAAAAGGAGUUCAGCAACCUCGGGGAGAUACGAACUGAGCUUAAUACCUCCACGGGUUUAAGAGGCUCUGGGGUAGAUUUAGAGGACGUGCGCAAGGAACCAAAAGAAACUUUAAAACUCCCAAAGAUUCGCGUCUCUACAGUGUCCGAAUUAUCCAAGAAAGACUCGAGAAGAAAGCUAGAUAGAAAACACUUGCUAGUUCCAAGAGAAAAAGUCGGCGGUAUUACUCUGGGAGCGCGCAACGCGAACUUAGAGAGUGUCACUUUUAGGUUACCGGAGCUCUAGCACCAUUCGGAUCACAUUGAUUAUUAUCGUGAGUUAAGACAUGAUCCCUGAUUCUUCCUUUUCUGAUGGUAAAACUCACAAACACGCCUGCAGAUUAUAUUUUCCGGAAAUCUACCCACUGACAGAAUAAGGGGACUUAUUAAGAAUCAUAAAUGAUUUUCGUGUCAUUUGCCAGUUGUCUACGAACUGCUGCGUUCGCCGAGCCAUGAAUUGCGUGUGUAGAGUCACGGUUAAGUAGUCAAAGAAUUUCGUAAUCUUUAACCACACAAAAGACGACAAUAAGAUUAAUUUAUUUGUAUAUAUUAACUCGCC